AUGUGGUUUCCCUUAAUUUUAGGGCUUUUAUCGACGAUUUAUUACUACAUCAUCCGAAAUCGUGACUUUUUCUUACGGAAAAAUGUUCCUUUCGUCAAAUCUGCGCCACUUUUCGGCACAAGUUGGAAAGCAAUUUUCGGUUUCGAGUCAUAUUUCGCGUAUUAUCGAAGAAUUUACCAAAAAUUUCCAGAAAAUAAAUUUUUUGGCGUCUUCGAGCUACUUCAACCCGUGUUUGUAAUUCGCGAUCCGGCACUUUAUCGCAAAAUUUUCAUCACAAAUUUCGAUCAUUUCAUGAAUCGACGUCUCAUGGUCGAUCGUGAAGUCGAUCCUGUAGGCGGAUUGCUGAUUGGAGUCGUUCGGAACGAGGAAUGGCGUCGUUUACGGAAUAUUACGAGCCCCGCAUUCACUGCGAACAAGCUGAAGUUCAUUCUGACCCUCGUAAAUGGCACGAUGAAGCGAAUUAAUGAAGAUUUAGGACAAAAAAUUACGAAAAAAGGGAAUUUCCGGUUUGAAGCAAUCGAUUUUUAUACGAGAUGUGCCACAGAUUUGAUCGCGCACACGACUUUCGGGUUAAAUGUGAACUCAAUUAACGAGGAAAACAACGAAUUUUACUUGAUGGGCAAAAAAUUGACAGAUUUCACGAAGAAAUUCUUCUGGAGAGCGACUUUGCUGACAGCUUUGCCCAAAGUAGCGAAAUUUUUGGAAGUUGCGCUGUUCGAUAAGGAAGCGACGAAGUAUUUUCAAGGCAUUAUUCGUGAAAUUGUGGAGUUUCGACAGAAAAACGACGUUAAAAUACCGAAUUUUAUUCAAUUAUUCAUGGAAGCUGACCUAAGUUUUGACGAAAUUGUGUCGGUAUCGACGGCUUUUUUCUUCGGGGGCAUCGAUUCGUUCGCAACUUUGUGGCAAUUUAUGUCUUACGAGCUCGCGAUGAACCCAGAAGUGCAAGAAAAGUUACAAGAAGAGAUCGAUUCGGUCGCAAACGACUUGAAAAAUCCCGAAGAAAUCGAUUACGAAGCAAUAAAAAAGUUAAUUUUCAUGGAUGCCGUUAUUGAAGAGACUUUUCGCAAACAUCCCUCGACGGCAUGGCUUGAACGGGUUUGCAAUAAAUCCUUUACGUUGCGAGAAAAAACUGAAUCCGAGGAAGAAGUUGUGCUAAAUCCGGGAGAUAUUGUCGUAAUUCCGAAUGAUGCGAUUCAAAAUGAUCCAAAAAUAUUUGAGGAUCCGGACAAAUUUCAACCAGAAAGAUUUUUGGAGAAGAAAAUUUCGGGAGAAAUAAUGCCGUUUGGAUUGGGACCGCGUCAAUGCAUUGCAACGAGAUUUGCUUUGAUGCAGACGAAAGUUUUCUUUUUUAAUUUGUUGUCGAAGUUUACGAUUAAAAAGAACGAAGAGACGGUUGAGGAGUUUAAUUUGGUCAAAGGAACUAUGCUGAGAAAAGUUGAAGGAGGAAUUUUGUUGGAUUUUGUGAAACGAAAUUAAUUUUUAAAUUAAAAUAAAUUUUUAAAAUCAAAUAAUUAAUUAAAAAAAUAUUUAAAAAAAAAUUAUUUGUAGAAAAAUAAUAAAAUAAAUAAAAAUAAAAUAAUAAUAAAAAAAUAAAAAUAUCAAGAAUUAAAAAAAAAUUAAA